AGGGAGCGUGGGGAGAGAGACACAGUGAGAGAGCCGGGGGAGAGAGACACAGUGAGAGAGACGGGGAAGAGAGCCCAGCUCCAGCGGGACUGUGAGCGGCGGCUGCUGUGCGGAGCAGCAGCGCUAACGCUGCUUCACAUCUGAGCUCCGAGUCUGUUAGACGUUCACAAUAUCCGUAGUUUACCACUCGGUUUGAACACCGAGCUGUCGGUUCAUUUGUGUGUGUGUGGGUGUGUGUGGGUGUUUGUGGUGACAUCGUUUCGGCUCCUCCUGUCAGUCAGUCAGUCAGUCUGGUGAAUCGUUAACACCUCUGUCGAGAUUGAUCUCUAGCUCGGCUGUGGUGGGCUCUCUGCUGCGCCGGGGGGCUGAGACGGUUGAAACAGAGAGCAGUGUUUCGGUUUGAGCGCCAUGGCCAAAGCGGAGUCGAAGCGGAGCGGCGCGGCACUGCUGGUCGCCGGUAAAUCCGGCGCAGACGAGCAGGUGAACGGCGCGGCCGAGCUGCCUGUGCCCGGCGUCAGGGCUGCCAAAGCCUCCACCACAAGAGAGGCCACAAGCCGCCGGAGCACCGAGAGCGAAGUGUACGACGACGGCACCAACACGUUCUUCUGGAGAGCACAUACCCUGACUGUGUUGUUCAUACUGACGUGUGCUUUGGUUUAUGUGACCCUGCUAGAGGAGACGCCUCAAGACACAGCCUACAACACUAAGAGAGGGAUUGUGGCGAGUAUUCUGGUGUUCCUGUGCUUUGGAGUAACACAAGCCAAAGAUGGUCCUUUCUCACGUCCACAUCCAGCCUAUUGGCGCUUCUGGCUCUGUGUUACCGUUGUUUAUGAGCUCUUUCUCAUCUUCAUCCUUUUCCAAACUGUGCAGGAUGGGCGACUAUUUAUGAAGUACAUUGACCCAAAGCUGGGUGUACCUCUGCCCGAGAGAGACUAUGGAGGAAACUGUCUCAUUUAUGAUCCCGGAAACACCACUGACCCCUUCCAUAACAUCUGGGACAAGAUGGAUGGCUUUGUUCCUGCUCAUUUUCUUGGCUGGUACAUUAAGACAUUGAUGAUCAGAGACUGGUGGAUGUGUAUGAUCAUUAGUGUAAUGUUUGAGUUUUUGGAGUACAGUCUGGAGCACCAGCUUCCAAACUUCUCAGAGUGCUGGUGGGACCAUUGGAUUAUGGAUGUACUGGUGUGCAAUGGAUUGGGCAUAUACUGUGGCAUGAAGACCCUCGGCUGGCUUUCUAUGAAGCCGUAUCAGUGGCAGGGCCUAUGGAACAUUCCUACAUACAAGGGGAAGAUAAAGCGCAUUGCAUUCCAGUUCACUCCUUACAGCUGGGUAAAGUUUGAGUGGCGACCAGCAUCUAACCUUCGUCGGUGGCUGGCAGUGCUGGGCAUCAUAUUUAUGUUCUUGCUGGCUGAGUUGAACACAUUCUAUCUGAAGUUUGUGUUAUGGAUGCCUCCAGAACAUUACCUGGUGCUGCUCCGACUGGUCUUCUUUGUGAACGUGGGUGGAGUGGCCAUGAGGGAAAUCUACGACUUCAUGGAUGACCCGAAGUUCCAUAAGAAGCUGGGUCAGCAGGCAUGGCUGGUUGCGGCCAUCACAGUGACCGAGUUCCUGAUUGUGGUGAAGUAUGACCCCAACACCAUUAUGCUCCCAAUCCCCUUCUUCAUCACGCAGUGCUGGAUCCUAGGCAUCCUGCUCAUCUUCACCUGGACACUGUGGCGCUUCUUCAUCCGUGACAUCACACUCCGUUACAAAGAGACACGAAGGCGUAAACAGGAGAAUUCAGCGGAGCGGGAGAGGCCCCCUGGCAACAGUAACAGCAAUCCUGUGACCGUCUCCGGCCGCAGCAAACUGAACGGCAACACGGACACCGUACGGCACCGGAAGUCUUGAGGAAAGGGGUGUGGUUUAACACUGCGCAGCUGUGACACACACACACACACACUGUGUGAAUGUGUGAAUGUGUGUGUGUGUGUGUGUGUGUGUGUGUGUGUCUAUGUCUAUGUCUGACUUCCCUUGACUGUCUGAACCAUUCCAACGCUGUUCAACACACGCAGACUGGUGGUGAUGGGUGCCAAUCAUUUAUUACAUGACGGGGAGACUUCUUGCAUUUUGUAUCAGGAAAAAUGUGCUUGAUAUUAUUGUUACGUUAAUCAUUUUUGCAUGUAUUUUAGUUAAAGCUGUCAUAUGCUGUAAGCUGCCCCUGCACAUACACAGCAUGACUGACUACUCUGAAAAGGUGUGUGUGAGAGAGAGAGUGAGAGGGGGAGUGAAGGGAGGAGGAGGAGGAGUGUGCAUUAUAUGGACACUCCAUUUCUGAGGUUGCCUUAUAGUGCGUUCUGACCAGACUAUUCACGUAUGCUUGUAAAUGUGACUCCAAUGCCAUGGGCAUAGGAAGGGUUUUUUUUUUUAUUUGUUCUUUUUGCUGCUAUGCAAUAAGACACUAGAGUACAAUUUGCCUCUACACAUGUUGUAGUUCAUUAGGCUUUAACUCUAAAGAUCUCUGUGCUGGAGAACUGCUGUUACACAGAUUAACAUGCUGGAACACACAUGAACAUUGAUCUUUUUUUGCAUUAAACAGGGAAGAAUGUUCUCUUAGGAGAAAAGUCACUCUUCUGAUGUUGGUUAGGUUGUUAUCCUCCAGAGAAAGUGAGGUAGUGUGUGCUUCAGCAGCGUAGCAUUUAUUUCACUGGGGUUUUAAUCUGCUAAACUGACAAGACUGUAGACACCAACUACAUUUAACUUAUAUGAACCUUCAUUCACACACAUGCAUAUGUCCAGUACUGUGCAGAGGCCUUGCUUGAGAAGGUUAUAUUUAAAAAGCUAUUUAACUGGGCGUUUAUUCACUUAGACACCAAGAGUAUAUACAAAUAAUUUUAAGACAAUAAGUAUUGACUUUAUGUAUGUCAAUAUGCGACAAACCUCUCUUGACAACCCGGUAUGAUUUGUGGUUACCAGUCUUUACCUGGCUUGGUUAAACAAUGCUUCGUAAAAAUUAAAUCAGUGCUAAUGAUGGAAUUUAACAAAUCCAUAUAAUGGCUGAGGGCAUCAGGGAGGAGUUAGGAGCCAAAGUUUGUUCCUCACACAAAGCGCUCAAGAGCUGGAUCCAAGUGACAAGUUUCAUUGAUUUUCUAACUGGAAAGUAGUUUACUCAUCCUCUACAGAGAACACACUUUUGUACAUUUUAACACACAAUGACCAUAUAUUUGUUGAAAUUAACAUAUUGGGCGAAAUAAUACAACACAAAAUGUGGCAAAUACAAAGGUUAAAUGUAUGCAUAUAUGCAUAUGCAAAUAUUUAAAUUUGUUAUCUGUAGAGGAUGUUUAUUUUUUAUUUUUAAAAAAUACACAACAUGUAAUAUAAGCAGUGGUGUUCAAACUUUCAUACAUUGUUACAUACUUUCUUUUUGGAAGCAGGAAUUUCUUGGUAUUUUUACCGCUUUAUUGUUUGUUUGUUUAUUUAUUCCAAUGUUUCACCAUGUUUUACAGUUAAAAAAAUACAUAGUGCCCAGAUAAAUGUUUAAACAGUUUUAUUUAGGUGCCUUUUUUGCACAGUACUGAACACGCAUGCAAACAGACUGAGAGAGGAGUAGUCACUGAACUCACAGGACAGAUGGUCAACCUGGUUGGACCAAAGUUGGGGGGGGUUUUAGGAGCGGUGGGGUGUGCUAUCCGUUCACUACAGCCAAUCCCUGUGCUCAGGGUGACCUCUCUACCCCUCCUGUAAGUCAUUAAUGUUAAAGCGUUUUUUACACAUUUAUGCCAUUGAUGUCUGCUUGCACCUGUGAUCUGUGUGAUCAAAACUCAUCAGCUCUUGUUCUCAGCUGAGUGUUAAAUAGCCUCACUUUAAAUGGGUAAGAGAAUAUUCCACACUCGUGUUUUGUUCUAGCUAAUCACACAACUGCAAAGUGCUGUGCGAAAUCAGCGGACCAUUGUUUCCAGGAUGGUGCUAGUUGUUGCGUAAUCUAAAAAAGAAAUCUGUCCAGCGAUGCCAGAAGCAGUCAGAUAUAUUCCAGUGUGAGGCUGUUUUCUUCCACUUUGAGUGGUGAAAGGUUUGAAAGACCUAUUGGGUGACAGGGUAAGUAGGGUUCUACCUGCUGUGUCAGAUGUUUUCACCUCAAAGGCCGAGGUGAUUUGGAAUCAGACUGUAUGUGUUCCAAGGGGGAGGGGCUUAUACAAUUUUGAGAAGUUUGUAUAAUUUUGGUUUUCCCCUCUAGUCUGCUGUGCCAGUGUGUUUGUGUUCGUGUUCAUGUGUAUUUUAAAGAUUAGGAGAAAUGUACAAACUGUCCAGAACUGCCUCAAGUGACGUAGAACACGCUGAUGCCAUUAUACUCUUACUGUGAAUGUAAACUGAUGACCUAGAUGUUUGCAGAAUGGGGCUGUUGGAGCCCUCAAUGCAAAAUUUUACUGCAUAUGAACUGAAUUUAUGUAUUAUGCUAGGUGUAUUUGUUUUUUUUUUUUUUUCUUGAUGUAAUUUAGUGGCAAAAACAUGACAUUCUUAUCAAAGUCAUUGUUCUGUAUUAUUUUUCUUCUUUUUACACAUUUAUCUUUUAUUUUUGGUUAACUGGUCUGAUGAAUUCUGUUACUGUCCAUGAAGAUGUAUGAUUGAUGUCUGUUGUCAGGGAGUGGGGAGUAGAUUACUAAAAGGUCAUUGAUAACUGGAGUUUUCCAUCAUGAGAUCAUGCCUUGUGACUUUGCUACAGGCUCAGGCAUCUCUGAGGCUCCUGUCCUCUGAGCACUGUCACUGUGCCUUUGAGCAAGGCACUUAAUCCUACAGUGCUCCGGGUCUUUAACCUAUUCCUCUUCUACCCAUCACCCCCGACUUGAAGGUGUGCUUGCAGAGGAGAAUAGAAGGUGUGUACAUCGGAGUAUGUUCUCAAAAUUUCCUCAUUUAGACUGAGCAGUGAACUCACCGGCUUAGCCGGUUUGUGUUGGAGGCUUAAAAGAGGUUAAAUACUCUUACUCCAGAUGCCAUGAGUCUGCAGGCCUGCCCUGACUCCAACAUGGGUGUCUUGCAUGAUAAAGAUAUUAAUAUAAAAAAGACAAGAAAUACUGUGUGUAUGUGUGGGUCUGGGAUUUGUUCUGGGUAAAGAAUGCCGAGUCAUUUCUACUAGAUUGGGUUAUGUGAGAAUAUCUCAUAGUAGUCUAAACAAUAAAAGAGAAAGUGGAUGUGAGUCAUGUUUUAUAAAGAGAAUAAAUUCAAAUAAACGACAA